AUGGAAUGCAUGCACUGCCCGGAGAGGCCAGAAGGGGAUGUUGGAACCCAGGCGCUGCAGUUACAGGCCAUUGUGAGCAACCGAUAUGGCUGCCAAGCAAUCCGUGUAUCAGAUGAGUCCCAGACAAACCGAAGAACUUCAAAUCCCAGAGUCCCCGGGUCUCAAAGUGGACUACAUUUCCCAGAGGCCUCCGCGGCCCCCACCCUCGGACCCCAAGCUCUGACCCCCCGUGAGCCUUCGCGGGUCUUAGGGCGUCUGUGGCGCGGUUCCAGGCUCGGGGCCAAGGUCCCUGGGCAGAGUCCUCAUGCGCGGCGGCUCGGAGCAUAUGUGAGGUGCGGCGGGAGCCGGGGCGGGGAGGAUCCUCCUUUAUCUUCACCCAUCUUUGGAAAAAGAACCUACAGAAAGAAGAUGGCUCCUGAGCAAAGGGAAGCGGCGUCUCAGGUGUCAGUGACGUUUGAAGACGUGGCUGUGCUCUUUACUCGGGAUGAGUGGAAGAAGCUGGAUCCCUCCCAGAGAAGCCUGUACCGUGAGGUGAUGCUGGAGAACUACAGCAACCUGGCCUCGCUGGCAGGAUUCCUGUUUACCAAACCAAAGGUGAUCUCCCUGCUGCAGCAAGGAGAAGAUCCUUGGAAGGUGGAGAAAGAAGGCCCUGGAGGCUUCUCUCUCGGAUUGAAGUGCAGUCAGAGAACCACUAAGUCAACUCAAACACAAGGCUCUUCAUUUCAGGAACUGAUUGUGAGAAAAUCUAAAAGAAAUGAACCUUUGAACAUGAAGUCAGAAAAUCUUUUCAUACUUGAAGACAAAUUAGAAGGAAAGUGGGAUAAGAGUACUUUGACUAUAGAAAGAAGCCAUGAAAACAAUAAAUUGAGCCCAGAGUUGCACAGAGAAAAAGGGUCAUCAGAAUGUGAAAAGCAGAUAUCAUAUUUGUCUAAUCCACCAGGAAUAACACCAGAUAAACGCUAUAAAUGUAGUAUGUGUGAAAAAACCUUCAUUAACACCUCAUCUCUUCGUAAACAUGAGAAAAACCAUAGUGGAGAGAAAUUAUUUAAAUGUAAAGAAUGUUCAAAAGCCUUUAGCCAAAGUUCAGCCCUUAUUCAACAUCAAAUAACUCAUACUGGAGAGAAGCCUUACGUAUGUAAGGAGUGUGGGAAAGCCUUCACUCUCAGUACAUCCCUGUAUAAACAUCUAAGAACCCAUACUGUAGAGAAAUCCUACAGAUGUAAGGAAUGUGGAAAAUCCUUUGGCCGCAGGUCAGGUCUUUUUAUACACCAGAAGGUCCACGCUGGAGAAAAUCCUCAUAAAUAUAACCCAGGAAGGAAGGCAUCUACCUCCCUUUCAGGAUGCCAGAGAAUUCAUUCCAGAAAGAAGACCUACUUGUGUAACGAAUGUGGCAACACCUUUAAGUCUAGUUCAUCCCUUCGUUAUCAUCAGAGGAUCCACACCGGAGAGAAACCUUUCAAAUGUAGCGAAUGUGGCAGGGCCUUCAGUCAGAGUGCAUCACUUAUUCAGCAUGAAAGAAUCCACACUGGAGAGAAGCCCUACAGAUGCAGCGAGUGCGGGAAAGGCUUCACUUCUAUCUCAAGACUCAACAGACACCGAAUCAUUCACACAGGAGAGAAGCUGUAUAAUUGCCACGAGUGUGGCAAAGCCUUAAGUUCCCACUCAACUCUUAUCAUUCAUGAGAGAAUCCACACUGGAGAGAAACCAUGCAAAUGUCAAGUGUGUGGGAAAGCCUUCCGACAGAGUUCAGCUCUGAUCCAACAUCAGAGGAUGCACACCGGGGAAAGACCCUAUAAAUGUAACGAGUGUGGGAAAACGUUCAGGUGUAACUCAUCCCUAAGUAACCAUCAGCGAAUCCACACUGGGGAGAAACCUUACCGGUGUCAGGAAUGUGGGAUGUCAUUUGGACAAAGUUCAGCUCUUAUUCAGCACCGAAGGAUCCACACAGGGGAGAAACCCUUUAAAUGUAACACCUGUGGGAAAACCUUUAGGCAGAGUUCUUCGCGUAUCGCACAUCAGCGAAUUCACACUGGAGAGAAACCCUAUGAAUGUAACACAUGUGGGAAACUUUUCAACCAUAGGUCAUCCCUUACCAAUCAUUAUAAAAUUCAUGUGGAUGAGGACCCUUAAAAAGCAACUUUGCAUGUGCAAAAGCCUUAAACCAAAGCUCUUCAGAGAAUAUGUGCUUGAGAGAUGUCAUAAAGAUAAGAUGGGGGCCCUAUGAUCAUUUAGUUAUUAUUCACUAAAUUCAAUGGAUAAAUUUUGUGUAACAGGUAGGGGCAAAAUAUUCAUGCCUGUCCAACACUUUAAAAAAUGACUUUAGAUCCAGUGGUUCAUACGUGUCAUCCUAGCUACUGGGGCCCCUGAAGCAUGAGGAUUGCUUGACUCCAUGAGUUUGAAGCAGCCUGAACAAACCUAGGGAGAUUUCCAUCUCAAAAGAUUAGUAACCUGAAAUGAAUUUACAACUGAAGGCCUUGACUUCAGGUAUUUGUAAAAUGGUGCUUUUCUCUCUGCAGCAGCGUGUGCUAAAUACAAUUGUAAUCGUAAGUAUCUAAGUGAACAGACCAGUGCGCUGGACUUCUCAUUAGCAAAACACUAAACUCGACUGUGGUGAUAUUUUUUAUACCAUUUUAAUAACAUCCAAAAGGGAUCAACACAUUUUUAAGAAAAAAGAGCCAAAAUAAAAGAUUUAAAUGAA